AUGAACAACGACCAGUUCAGAAAGCUGCUUAGUACACCGGCGCGACAAGAUGGCGCCAGCAGCAGCCCACGGCCGAGCGCCGUACCCUCAUCACUUGGAUCGAAACGCUCAUCUUUCAUGCCCAUGACGCCACGUUCGGUUCGAGGUGUUACUGGAAACGAUUUCGCCCGCCAGGUCGCUGAACGCAAUGCCGCAAAUCAGACUUCGAAGAAGUUCAAGGGCUCUGCUGCGCCCAAGGGAUCUCGACUAGGCUCAGGUUUCACCGACCGUACGCAGAACCGAUACGAUGACGAGACCGACGAGCGAGCCGCACGUAUCAAGGCUCUGGAGGAGCAAGUGAAACUUGGACAGUUGGACAAUGCAACUUUCGAAGCUCUACGCGAUCAGAUUACAGGUGGUGACGUCGGUGCUACACAUCUGGUUAAAGGUCUGGAUCGCAAAUUGCUGGAGCGUGUCAGAAAAGGUGAAGAUGUCCUUGGAGGACAGAAACCCGCAGAUGAGGAAGACUUGGAAGAUGAGUUUGAGAAAUUUGAAGAGAAGGAGGUUGCUCGUGUCGAGCGAGAGAAGGUCGUCAAGAAGGGAGAGAUGGCUCCUCCUCCUCCUGUCGCUGGCGCAAAGAGAUCUAGGGAUCAAAUUCUGGCUGAGCUGAAAGCACAACGGAAGGCACAGGCUGAUGCAAGACUGGCCACAAGACCAGAGCUGGGUGACAGAUUCCGUGAUGUUGGUUCUUCGCGCGCCAGUUCGCGUAUCGAGGUUGAUGCUAAAGGGCGCGAAGUCCUGAUCACAACUGACGAGCAUGGAAACGUGAAGAAGAAGGUCAGAAAGGCCCAAGUACCAAGCGAAGAGCCAGUUCAACAAGCACAACCACAGAAGUUCUUAGACGAAGGUGUCACAGUGCCGGCGCCCAAACCUGUCGAGAAACCUGUAGAGGCACCCAAGGAUGAUUCAGACGACGACAUCUUUGAUGAUGUUGGUGAUGCCUAUGACCCGCUGGGAGGACUGGAUGACGAUGACGACUCUUCUGACNGACGAAGAUGGGGAAGUAUUGGAGAAGACACUCAAGCCAGCCCCAUCACAAUCGAAAUCACCAUCAUCGGAAGCGGAAGCAGCAUCAAAUCUGGAGUCAAAGAGGCCACAACCUCGAUGCCACCGCCUCCGCCACCAGCACAACCCUCAGCACCACGCAACUACUUCAAAUCCACCACAACCACAACCAGCGAAACAGCAGAAUCACAGCCACCACAGAACCCCUUCAACGAUGCUAACUUUCUCGCUGCUAUCAAGAAAGCUGGCGCACUUUCAAACAUUUCUCUGUCUCUCAAUGCUUCUUCAGACGAUCCGUCAGCGCCCGAAUCAGCCGAAGCCAAAGAAUUACGUCUACAAAAACGAGCACAGAUGCUUGCAGCCAGUGAUCGUGAUCUCGAAGACAUGGAUCUCGGGUUUGGAUCUUCAAGAUUUGGAGACGAGGAAGAAGGCGAUGAUGGACAAAGGAUCAAGUUGUCGACUUGGAAGGGCACCGGCGAGGAUGAUGACGACGAUGGUUAUGAGGGAGGUAGCNAAAGAGAAAAGAAGAAAGGCAGAAAAGAAAGGGGAGACAAGAAUAGUGCUCAAGACGUGCUGGAUGUGAUGGAGAGGAGGAAAGAAGCUGGAAAGUAG